AUGUCUGAAACAGGUUUAACGGUGCUUGACGGAACCCAUCUCCGAUCUCUCAACCCCUCUUUACCUGAAUUAAACGAUGCUAUCACUGGAUCCCAACUCCUUGAAAUCGCUGACUCGAAAGCCUCCACUUCUCUCUUUGGCCUCUCGUUGCCUCAAAACCUUAAAGCUUCCGCCCUUUCUCGUGUCAUCGACGAAACCUUUGAUGAUCACGAUGAUGACGUCACUUUCCGGAAAGCAGAGCUCAAAAAAGAUAAAGCGUCCAAGUUUCUCUCCGAUUACAUAUCUGCCAUUGCUAAUGAGAUGAAAGAUGAUCCAUUAGUGGUGUCAAUAUUGGAUGGGAAUACUUUGAAGAUGUUUUUGGAGGAUGAAGAUGAUUAUGCCAUGUUAGCAGAGAAUUUGUUUACUGAUAUGGACAUCGAAGAUAAAGGGAAGAUAUGCAAGAGUGAGAUAAGAAAUGCACUUGUUCAUAUGGGCGUCGAAAUGGGGGUUCCUCCAUUUUCAGAAUUUCCUCUGCUAAACGAAAUCUUGAAAAAGUAUGGGGCCGAGGGGGAAGAAGAACUGGGCCAAGCACAAUUUGCUGAAUUACUUCAGCCGAUUCUGCAGGAAACAGCUGAUGCAUUGUCUGAAAAGCAUGUUGUUGUCAUACAUAACAUCAAGGUUGUCAAUGGUUCUGAGCUAAGAAAGGUCUUGGCAGAUGAGAAGCAAUUCAACGAUGUCUCGGAGAGGGUUUUGUUGGAAACAGAAAGCGAAAAAGAUGGGCUACGUAAGACGAAGCUAAUCAGGAGUUUCUUAGAGAAACAUGGAAAAGAUUUUGGCUUGCCACCGUCUGAAUCCAAUGAAGCUGUGGUUCUUCUCUACGAUGCGGUAUUCUCCGAAAUCGAGAAUGAGAAGAGUGUUACACGAGCAGACAACGAAUUCAGGGAACUCGUGAAAGACAUCCUCGAGAAGUUUGCAGAACAGCUUGAAGCUAAUCCUGUGUUUCGUGACCUUGACAAUUAAGAGAGUGGUUGAACUAUGGACCCGGUUCUUCGGGUCACGGAGGCAGUUCAUAUUUAUCCGGCAGUUACUUGCCUCUGCAGUGGUUCUUAUAGAUUGCAUAAACUAUGCUUAUAUAUAAUGAUGAAUGGUGAUUGUCUA